GCUAGCACAGCUCCCGCGGCCUCUCGAACUACAUUUCCCAGGACCCCCCGCGACAUCGGGGCGGGCCGCUUGGUUUGUUAAUGAGUUCGAGAAAGCCGCGGCGCGGCCCACCAGGUUCCAAAACAAGGAAAUGAAGGGGGGAGGCGGGACUGUGUGUGCCUGCGGGAGCCUCCGCCGCCGCCGCGGAGGAGGAGGAGGCGGAGGAGGUGGCUGCCUCGGCCGCCGAGGAGUCCCUUGCUGAAGGCGGACCGCGGAGCGGCGGGCGGCGCGCGCGCGCCCGAGCGGCGGCUGUUGGAGAAGUGGAGCGGCGGCGGCGGAGGAGGGACUGAGUGGCGGCGGCCCCCGCGUCCCGGUUUCUCUAUGGGGGAAGCAGACAAUGGAUUAUGAUUUCAAGGCGAAGCUGGCGGCGGAGCGGGAGCGGGUGGAGGAUCUGUUUGAGUACGAAGGGUGCAAAGUGGGACGCGGCACCUACGGGCACGUCUACAAGGCGAGGCGGAAAGAUGGAAAAGAUGAAAAGGAAUAUGCGCUGAAGCAAAUUGAAGGCACAGGAAUAUCCAUGUCGGCUUGUAGAGAGAUCGCACUUUUGAGAGAACUGAAGCACCCUAACGUGAUCGCAUUGCAGAAGGUGUUCCUUUCUCACAGCGACAGGAAGGUGUGGCUGCUGUUUGACUAUGCAGAACAUGACCUUUGGCAUAUUAUUAAGUUUCACCGUGCAUCAAAAGCAAAUAAAAAGCCCAUGCAGUUACCAAGAUCUAUGGUUAAGUCACUGCUUUACCAGAUUCUCGAUGGUAUCCAUUACCUCCAUGCAAACUGGGUGCUUCACCGAGACCUGAAACCAGCAAAUAUCCUAGUAAUGGGAGAAGGUCCUGAAAGGGGGAGAGUCAAAAUAGCUGACAUGGGUUUUGCCAGAUUAUUCAAUUCCCCUCUAAAGCCACUGGCAGAUUUGGAUCCAGUGGUUGUGACAUUUUGGUAUCGGGCUCCAGAACUUUUACUCGGUGCCAGGCAUUACACAAAGGCCAUUGAUAUAUGGGCAAUAGGUUGCAUAUUUGCUGAAUUGCUGACAUCAGAGCCUAUUUUUCACUGUCGUCAGGAGGAUAUAAAAACGAGCAAUCCUUUUCAUCAUGAUCAACUAGAUCGGAUAUUUAGUGUCAUGGGCUUUCCUGCAGAUAAAGACUGGGAAGAUAUUAGGAAAAUGCCAGAGUACCCAACACUUCAAAAAGACUUCAGAAGAACAACGUACGCCAACAGUAGCCUCCUAAAGUACAUGGAGAAACACAAGGUCAAGCCUGACAGCAAGGUGUUCCUCCUGCUUCAGAAACUCCUUACCAUGGAUCCAACGAAGAGGAUCACCUCAGAGCAGGCUCUGCAGGACCCUUACUUUCAGGAGGACCCCUUGCCCACACUAGAUGUGUUUGCUGGCUGCCAGAUUCCAUACCCCAAAAGAGAAUUCCUCAAUGAGGAUGAACCAGAAGAGAAGGGCGACAAGAAUCAGCCACAGCAGCAGAACCCGCAUCAGCAGGCCACAGCGCCCCCACAGCAGGCUGCAGCCCCACCACAGGCUCCUCCACCACAGCAGAGCAGCGCCCAGACCAAUGGGACUGCAGCGGGAGCCGCGGCCGGUGGGGCUGGGGCCGGAGCAGGGCUGCAGCACAGCCAGGACUCGGGCCUGACCCAGGUGCCUCCAAACAAGAAGCCCCGGAUCGGGCCUUCGGGUGCCAGCUCAGGCGGCCCUGUUAUGCCGUCAGAUUAUCAGCACUCCAGUUCUCGCCUGAAUUACCAAAGCAGCGUUCAGGGGUCUUCCCAGUCCCAGAGCACACUAGGCUACGCUUCAUCUCAACAGAGUACACAGUACCACCCAUCUCACCAGGCCCACCGGUACUGACCCACUGCCCUCUGCUCGGCCCAGGACAGCACAGCACGGACUGCAGCAGGGCUGUGUCUGCAUUGUGAAGAACCCAGAAGGAAGACUGUGACGCCAUGCAAAACUCAGCACUUGAGAGGAAACCUCUGCGUACUGAGUGUCUGAAGGACUAAUAUCUCUUCUUGGUUGACUUAAAGAAGAUUCUUGUGAAGUGUCCCCAGCCCUCCUCCCUGCAUGACUUCCCCGGCGACCCCCCAUGGAGCCUCCCUCUCCCCCAGCACUUCUGUGUCCUUCAGCAGUCUCUGGAGGAGUUUCUGGUGCACCUUUCUCACGCUGUAGCAAUCAUUGUAAUUUAUCUUUUCUUAGGACUUCAACGUUUUAGGAACAGGGUUCCGUGGUGUAUAGUUUUAUACUUCAUGAACUGAUGGAGCAACACCAGGCGAACGCACCUUUGAAAGCACUACACAGUCUUCACAGACUAACUGCUUUGCUCUUGGAAGUCUUAAAAAGAAACUGUUACUGUCCCAAAGUACUGUACUUUACGUUUUUAUUUAUCUCUUUCAGGGAAGGUCUAGUAAAAGACAAGUGUGGGGCAGAGGGUCCCCACCACCAAAAACGGCGUCGAUCUUUGCAGUUGCCAUGCCUAUGCUAUGAAGAACUGAAGUAGUUGGUGGUUUUUAUAUAAUCGUUCAUGUGGAACUUAGUUCCCAGAAUCAUCAUAUUCUGAAUAAUAUUCAGUAAUUAAAAUUUAUAAUUUUAACCUUCACGUAGCUAAGUCUACUUUAAAAGGGUUUUCAAGAGCUUUGAUGGAAUCCGGUCCUUUGGGACCCACCUGGGAAGUCUGAAGAGACUGUUAACUGCACUAGGACUUCACAGAGGAGUCAUGCUGGUCAAAGGCGAGUCUUCCCCGGAAGGAAAAGCUUUUUCCGUGUACCGCUGGAGGUGCUGGCUGCUCCACGGGAGCCGUUGGCCUCUUCAUCCUCUCCACAUCUGGGGCAGCAUGAGUGACUUUCUUACAUCAUCAAGGAUACUCCAGUCGAAGCUUGUUAAUUCACCCACAGUGUUUUCCAUUUGUAUUUACAUUAGGCAUAGAGUGACUAUUUUUAAAGCAUGUUAAAAUUUUAGGUUUAAUUCAUGUUCAAAGUAUGUAUUAUGUAUGCAUAAUUUUGCUUUUGUUACUGAGACUUAACGCUGUCAAGAAUCUUUUCUAUUGCACUGAAUGCUUUCUUUUGCCCCUAGGAGAAAACUUAAUAAUUGUGCCUAAAAACUAUGGGCAGAUAGUGUAAAGUAGAUGAGGUGAAUAUUUGCAUUUCCAUGAUCUACGAAUUAGAGGGGAGUUCUUUUUUAGCUACUUUUAAGGAAUCCCUCCCCCUCCAGAGUCAAGGGGAAAUGUAAAGGCUUAGCGCUCCCACUGUAGUGCAGGGGGCGAGACCAUCCCUGUCUGAUGCUACCAGCAGCACCAGCCUCGUUCUCAGUGUUUCUAGAAAAAAUAGCCACUUGUUGUAUAUGCAAACUAUAUGCAUUUUUAAAAACUAUUCUUGUGAACUUAUCUACCUGGUUAUGAUACUCUGGGGUCCAUAUUCAAGUAAAAUAAGAUUUUAGAAGCCAGUAUACAUUUUGCACUAUUGAUGUGAUACUGUAGCCAGCCAGGACCAUACUGAUUUCUGCAUAAUAAUGCUUAUAAAUAGUAAUAAAGGUUGCAUAGUGACAUGCAUACCAAGACUGAGGAGGAAGUCAUUGACAUGCUCCCUGGGAGGAAUUUCUGACUGGCUCCAUGGAUUUUUAUCCCUUUUAUUUUUAAAAAUAACAAUCAACCUCCUGCAUAAUGUAGCUACCUAUAUAAAGUUUUGUCUUGUGCCCUGGAGCCUCUGUCCAGGGCCACUGCUCCCUUACCCCAGGCUCAGUGCUCUGCUGGGUAGGAAAACAAAGAACAAGACACAUUCCUUGUUACAGCCGAUCCAGUGACAAUAAGCUCAUGUAGGAUGUCUUAUGCCAUGUGAUUGACUUACAGAUGUCAUGAUAUGAAGGUCCUUUUGUUUACUUCCGAACCCGCUUGGAGAACUAUGCUUCUGAAUUUUAUAGUAAACAGUGUUAUCGGGAGCAGGUAUGUGGCUGACCACUUGAGGAGAAAGCCAGUGAAUCACUGUCACAAAAGGCAUCUAUGCAUAUUUGAAAUGUUCACAGCAGCCUUCUGCAGCAAUUGGGUGGCCUUGUGGACAGAGCACAUUCUACCAAGUGGUUGUAGGAAAUUACCAUGAAAAUAGAAGCUCUGUUCUUGCCCUCGAGUGAGCUCAUGUUUGAUAAAAGACACUAGCCCCAGUCUGCGGAUAAAACAAAAUACCCACAGUUCUUGUAUGCAAACUGGAUACACGAUUCCGGCAGGAUGCACCUGUACCUUCACAGGACUGUCCUGGUAAAUCUGACAGAUACAGGGGAUUUUGUCGGUUGCUUGUGGUAUAGUGUUUUCCAGGACAUAACCGGAAAACUCCCUUCCAUACGCAGCUGGGUUCCACGUCACUGCACUGGUUCUCUGCUUUCUCUUCUUGCCUCAGGGUUGGCAAUGCAUACCUGUGCCCAGUGAUCCUAGAAGUGAUUCUUGUUCAUCACUUCCUUUUUUUGUAAAGGAAGCUAAGCCUUUCACAUACAUUAAGGCCAUAGUCCAUGGGGUGGGGCCUCUAGUGGGACCUGCGAAUCUUCUUAAGGGUAGAAUUUACCUUUGUGAGCCUCAAAUGAUUACAUUCCUCUUUGAACAUUUAUUAGAUACUAUUUUGUCCCCUAGGGACACGUAGGCAUCCUCCUACUUAUGAGAACCUCAGAGUCUAGGGAGGUAUUGAAGGAUUGAGUUGAAAGGUCUCUGUUCUUUAUAUUAAAAGUCACUUUUAGGGGUAGCUUUGUGGCGAGGUGUUUGGGGAAAAGGAUUCAGGAGUUUGGGACAGACUAGCUUAAAGUAAGGUAGCUUGGGGCUGGGGUGGUAACAUGAGGCUGAAACAAUCCUUUUGAUGAAGUAAACCGUGAAGGGAGAUGCAGAAAUCAAGGACAUCUCUAUUUUUAUAUCUGUGCUUUUGAGACUGUAGAACUUAGAAUUCUGACAUUCUGCACUAUUUCACUCUAACAUGAACUAAUACCUUGAAGACAGGAAGGGAUGAUGUCCACGUGCAUUCACGUUCACUGCCUCAUGCCUGGUGCAUCAACUUGCUAGUUGUUCUCUGUGCCUCAGAAAUGAUGCUCUUUUGUCGCUAAAGGGAAAAGGAACUGGAGAGCAAGGCUUGCAGCCUGCUUGGCUUUUGAAUUAAUGUGUAGCUGUAGCUCCACUGAGGAGGACUUGCAGGGAAGCUGUGGCCCAAGCUCAGUGCUGCUCCCCAGGAGAUGGAGAAGGCAGUGGAUGGCCAUGGGGCUUAAUGGAGGCUUGAAGGAGUCAGUACAAGUAAUAAUUUUAUAUCAAAUGUAGCAAUUUAGGUCCCCAUAAUCAUCAAGAAUAGUCAUAAAUAUCCUAACCCCAAAGGUCAGUGUUUGAGGACUUUGAAAAGUGCGUUGGCUCCAAGGAGGUGCUUAUUCCUCUGAAGCUGUCGCCGAGAGGGAGUGACGCGUAUGUGUUAUACGGGAAAUACCUAAUGCACUGUUAUCACCUAUCAUGAGUAAAUUAAUACUAUUUAAUUUUUUUAAAGCUUUGUCUGGGCAGACACUAAAAGCAUUAUACAAAGCCAGGACCGAGAUGUCCUUUUUAAUAACAGCCGAAAGUACUUUUUAUAUAUGUUAUACAGUGUGUCCUUUGUAAACUAGUUUGUAUUCCUGGUAAUUCCCAUUUGUGAAGUGUCCUGUCUGUCCUUUUCUGUCACUUUCUGCACGCACCCCUCUGUAUGACGUAGAUAUUGCCAUGGCUCUCCCUGCUCUGCUGUGAUGUGUAUACUCCAAGCCCGCUGCCCUCGGUUACCCAUUCUGGGGAUGCAGAGUGUGCUGACUCUUCAGAACUGAGGGCUUCCGCUCUGGAGUUAUCCAGCCAUUCUUCUCAAAGUGACUGUUCCAGCUACGAUAAGUUACAUGUAUUUUAUAUCCUUGGUUGAAAUAAAAUUUAAUUGACUUUG